AAAAAAAAAAAAAAAAAAAAAAGUCCAUUUAGAGACGUUUCCCCUCUCAGAAAGCAGAAGCAGCUCCUCCGUUUCACGCGUAAUUUGGCACCAACCGGGUUUUUCCGUAUGAAUCUCCUCGACCCGUACCUGAAGAUGACGGAGGAACAAGACAAGUGUCUCUCUGAAGCCCCGAGUCCGAGCAUGUCCGAGGACUCCGCGGGCUCUCCGUGCCCGUCCGGCUCGGGCUCCGACACCGAGAACCACCGGCCAUCGGAGAACGGGCUGCUCGGCGUGGACGGAGAGUUCAAGAAGGAGGACGACGAUAAGUUCCCCGCUUGCAUCCGGGAGGCCGUGUCCCAGGUGCUCAAGGGCUACGACUGGACCCUCGUGCCCAUGCCGGUGCGCGUGAACGGAUCUUCUAAGAACAAGCCUCACGUGAAGAGACCGAUGAACGCCUUCAUGGUGUGGGCUCAGGCUGCUCGGAGGAAGCUGGCGGACCAGUACCCACACCUGCACAACGCGGAGCUCAGCAAGACUCUGGGGAAACUCUGGAGACUUCUCAACGAAGGGGAGAAGAGGCCGUUUGUGGAAGAGGCCGAGCGGCUCCGGGUGCAGCACAAGAAGGAUCACCCCGACUACAAAUACCAGCCCCGGCGGAGGAAGUCGGUGAAGAACGGGCAGGGCGAGUCGGAGGACGGCAGCGAGCAGACGCACAUCUCCCCUAAUGCCAUCUUCAAAGCUCUGCAGCAGGCGGACUCCCCGGCCUCCAGCAUGGGAGAGGUGCACUCUCCGGGUGAGCACUCAGGCUCCCAGGGGCCCCCUACUCCUCCCACCACCCCAAAGACAGACGUCAGCUCAGGCAAGAUGGACCUGAAGCGGGAGGGGGGCCUCCGCUCUCUGACCGACGGGCCCGGCGGCCGCCAGCUCAACAUCGACUUCCGCGACGUCGACAUCGGGGAGCUGAGCAGCGACGUCAUUUCCCACAUCGAGACCUUCGACGUGAACGAGUUCGACCAGUACCUCCCGCCGAACGGACACCCGGGCUCCACCGCGACGGUCACCUACACCGGCAGCUACAGCAUCAGCAGCGGCGGAGGAGGUCCGGUCAGCCCGCAGGCCGGGGCCGCUGCAGCCUGGUUGACGAAAAGCCAGAACCAGCAGGGACAACAACAACAGCAGCACUCUCUGACCCCUCUGGGCAGCGGAGGCUCAGACGCGGCUCAGGCGCAGCACCGGACCCAGAUCAAGACGGAGCAGCUGAGCCCGAGCCACUACACCGAGCAGCAGGGCUCCCCGCAGCACGUCGCCUACAGCAGCCCCUUCAACCUGCAGCACUACAGCCCCACACCCUCCUCCUCCUCCUACCCGGCCGCCAUCACUAGGGCGCAGCAGUACGACUACUCCGACCACCAGGGGGGUGGUGGUGGUGGUGGUGGUGCCGCCGCCGCCUCCUACUACAGCCACGCCGGGGCGGGGCAGGGCUCGGGACUGUACUCGACUUUCAGCUACAUGAGCAACCCCAGCCAGAGGCCCAUGUACACGCCUAUAGCCGACAACACGGGGGUGCCCUCCAUCCCUCAGAGCAGCCCAGGGCACUGGGACCAGGCCCCGGUCUACACCCAGCUCACCAGACCCUGAGAGGCAACACACACACACAAACACACACAUACACACCUACACACAUACAAAAACACACACACAUGCUGACAGAGAUGUUCAGCCAUGCAGAUCAGACAUACAGAACACUUUACUGCAGGGAGAGCUCCUCCUCCUGUUCUGCUCCAUGAAUAAGACACUUGAAGAAGAAGAAGAAUAAGAAGAGGAAGAGGAGAGCUGGACUUGUGAUUGGCUCACGUCGUGCCUUGAUAAUGUAUCUUUAUAGAAAACUAUAUAUAUAUAUUUUUAGAGAGAUGGAGAGACUUAGGAAAAUCCUCUGUGAGGACUUAUUGAUUGUUGAUAUUUUCAGUAGGUACUGUGUAUGUUUCCUUUUGGUUUUAUUUCUUCACACGCUGGCAGUUUG